CAUCGAAGCCGCAUCAAGCACCACAACUGCCCGACAGACACACUCGCCAUGGCGGUGACACCGACUCAAUUUGCCCGGAAGACGGCUCAGUCGGCCAACUGGAACGAUGCGAAGCGACGAGUUCUAGCGUCAUACAGAGAAUGGAUCCGAGCUGCGCCCGAGAUCCAGACCAUGUACUCCGUCCCCUUCCCAGUCUCCGUCAUCAGGACGCGGAUGCGACAAGAGUUUGAGCGACACCGAUACGUGAACAAGCUGCCCGUCGUCGAUGUCCUCCUUAUGCAGAACAACGCCGAAUACCAAGAGACGAUGAACUUCUGGAAACAGCAGACGCACGUUUUGUCAUACUUCCCCGAAGAGAACUUCCGUGGUCACGAGAGGCUGCCCAAGACCUUCAUGUCAGGCUUCCUUGAGGGUCGCAACUAGAAAGGAAAUGGGGGUAUCAUUCCUUGUGUAUAUAGCAAUCCGAAAGCAGAAAUCAGAA